UGUGCACGUGAGCCCUAAAAGCCUGGGAAUGCUUGGAGAAGGGAAACCUUACUGGUCGUCAGAGUCAGUAUGCAGUGAGGUUUGGGUGCGAGAUUUGUGUUUCCGGCCAAUUGUUGUGUCACUGGGCGAUGCGAGCAGGCUUCGAGAUUGUGAGGAUUGAAGCAGCGACGUUCUAGUGCAGAUGAAGCAUUGUAAUUCCUUGUAAGGAGCUGGCGAGGAUCUCGCUCCGUGUGUUGUCUUUGUAGUUGGAUUGCGAACCAGAAUAGAGAGGGGGGAGAAAAAUGGUGCGAGUUGUGGUGGGGGAUGAGGGGCAAGUGGAAGGUUUUGUCGAUUCGUUGUUUCAAUCCCGCUUACAAGUGCAGGUCGGGCUACUGAUCGGGAAAUCGGAGGUGUCACCUUCUCGUGAUUCUGUUUUUGCCCUCGUUCCAACGCCAAGAAGAGAUGGUGGGGGCGAAGCUGCGAAGAUCACAGGUGCAACUAGCGGUCAGAAAGAGAGCAGUGGGAAGAAGAAUGCGAAACCCAAGCCCACUGUCGACAACUCUUCCGUGGAUAUUGACACUGAUUGGGUUGCUGAACAUUCGCGGCAGGUGUCGAGGAUGCUCGUGGGAGGAAUGGACGUGGUGGGUAUAUUUGUGUACGCAUCUGAAAGCGCCUUAAAAAAUUCGAUAUCAGUGUUGUGGCAGACUGUGCGGGCAGUGGCAUCUGCGUCCCCUCUGAGUGAAGAAAACGAUGAACGUCUCGUAUUGAACAUCUCUUCCAGUCCCCGUAGGAUUUCGUGCAGAAGCUGUGCGCCUCUCACGAGUUUUUCAUCAACAGCAUUGCGACCUUGCGAUUGGAAGCUUGGGAAGUUACUUUCAAAUUUACAGACAUACAUUUGUUCUCAUCCUGUGGAAGUCAGAAUACCAUUGCUGGUCGAUGAUAAUGAAGCGUCUGCUGGAACUGUCAAGGACAACUUAUGUGCAGCCAUUUCAGCUGAGUCUGCACGCCUCAAGUCCGCCGUAGCAAUGGUUGAUGGAACAGUGCCAUCUCAAGACGCACUUUUGGCGCCUCCGAGGACCUUGGAUAACCCCCAUGUUGUUGAAUACCUUGCACAGUUGGACGGCAGUGGAGGCAUUAGAGAUAUACGGGGGAGACAAAACGUUGCAGCAAUGGUUACUUUAAGUGGAGUUGUACAUGGCCGUGCCUAUGCCUCCGCACGGGAGCCUCUGCAACGAGCUAUCACGAACCUAGAGAAAGACUUAAUCUCGAGUUUGAGAUCAAGGCUCGAUCUACUGUGUGACGAGGCAGAGCGAUCUGUUGAAGAUGAUCAAUGUUCAAGCAGCAAUGAAAUGGAGAAUUCUGUUGCAAAGUCAAACACCUCGUCACAGUUUUUACGUCCAAAUGCUGACGCGGGUACAGAAUGCAGUGUAUCAUUGCCACGGAGAGUAUUUGUUCCUUGGCAUAGCGGCACCUUUCUCUCUGACUAUCUCGUCAACGAUGAAACGUUGGAGAUGGACGUGAAAGUGAGAUUCGAGGAAUUGUUCUCUUUUGGAAAGGAUCUGGAUAUUUCUGAAAUUCUCCAGCCUGAGUUAUCAGCAGUUGUCCCACCUGCUCCUUCCUUCUCACAGAUAGUCCAUCCAAAGAGGACUUCAUCUAGUAAAGAAUUGGUAGCGCCAAAAACAGACUCCAGCAAGCAAGUUACACCGCCUCGCAAUCUAAUGCUUAUUGGGGCUUUGGGCAUGCUACUACUUGCAAUCUUAUUAGCAUUAUUUAUGUCCAAGUGAUGAUUGUCCAGAGAACAGUAGCGUUCAAAGCAUUUGUGAUACAUACCUUCAUUCUAUUUGCAGUGAUUCAAUUUCAGGAGCCAA